AUGUCGAGAUUUACGAGCCUGUACCUCAGGGUACCGCGUCCCAGGACGAUGUUCGGCAUCAUCAGCCUCCAGACGGCGACCGAGCUGGUCUGCCUCGCCCUCGCUUUCAACAAGGUCACCGGCGUCUAUGGCCUCCUCGCGAUCCUGACCGGAUACCAGCUGUCGCUGAUGCAACUGUCGACGUACCUGUACUCUAUCGCUGUCCUGGUCGCACUGGUGUAUCUCAUGCCGCACAUUCGACGGCAGUCGCCCGUGGAGUGUCUCGCGCUCGCAUGGCUGUACAUGUCAGACACGCUGCUCACAAUAUUUUCUACGGUAGUCUUUGGUCUGGAGUGGUACUUUGCCAGCGGCGCGAGCGAGAACCCGGAGAACAUUCCUGCGAUGGUCAAGGAGGGUGUGGAAACGCUGCAGAAGGAAGCGGCCCAGCACGGCUCUGCCGUGGCGCAGGAGACGGCAUUUAGCAUGGCCAUGAUCGCGACGCUGACGCUCGUGCGCGUGUACUUUGGUUUUGUGGUCAUGGCAUUUGCGCGCGAGGUUGUUCAGCGCCACAUGCAGAUUGUGGUGAUGGAGGCGCCGGUGUACGUGGACCAGACUUCGGACGGGCCAUUCGGCGAAGGUCUUCCCGAUGGCGAGGGUCGUAGGGGACGCCUCGGACGCAUGAUGGUCAGGUACGGCAAUGGCUAUUGGCUGGACCAGGACGAGAUCCGCGAAGGCAGCCACAAGUUGGAGCAUGCAUGA